AUGAGCCGCGCCUUAGCUCGACCGGCUGGAGGUGAAUUUGGCCCCCAGGACGCGCGAAGCAACCUCGCCGUGCAGCCUGCAGCCGUGGUGCCUAAAAUCAAUCUAAAAAAGGCGGCAGUCAAGAUUGUUCGUCCAGCUAGCGGUCUGCUGCCCACUGCCCCCAAGAUUGUUGCUACUCCGGUCACUGCAAAAGCAAAAAUCGAAGAUGGCCAUGAGCUCUUGUCGAGCACGGUUCCACCGACAUCAACAAAGCUUGCGGGCAUUGAGUCUCAGAAAAUCAAGCCUGAGGUGGAUAUCUCUCCACCGAAAUCUUAUCUUUCAACUUCGAAGAACAACGCUGCGUCCGCCCUCGAUGCUAUGUUUGCGAGGUUGGACUCCCAGAAUCUAGCCACUAGCCCCGACCCUCAUCCACCUUCGAACGUUACUACUGAAGGCGGCUCAGUUGCCAGCUCUUGUGCUAUUUCCAUCUUAUCAAAAGAGGCACCUGUCAUUUCCCGCAAGGAUGCUCAGAGUGUCGAUUCCUCGCCUCAAGCCAGGUCUUUAGAAGACACAGAAAAGAAGCAGACGGUACUGGAUAUUAAAGCAAUGCCAGCUGAGAUGCAGGGCAAAGUUAUUGGAAUGGCUGUGGAGUCAAUGUCGAAGGAAGAGCUGGAACGAGAGUAUCUCAAAACAGCCGCCGAAUUCCUCAAUUCACUACCUACGGGAGCUAGAACAGGGUCGGUAAUUCCUAUCCAGUCAGCUAUGAGAAGCUUCCACCAGUUUGCCGUUCCAGAGGCCGUGAUUAGUUCCUCUGCCAAGGCUGAGACGCUAAAGCGCAAAUGUGUGGCUGCUGUUGCAACCUAUCUUAAUCAGAUUCCACAAAAUAUCAACGGCGGGUUGAAGGGUGAUGUGGUCUCUAAGAUCUUCGAAGACGUUAAAGGGGACUUUCUUUACUUCUGUGCAAAAUUAGUGGAUGAGAAGGUCUUGAGAGUCGAGAAUCUGAAUCAAGUUCUCGGUCUGUGCCAUGUCCUCAACAAUGCCCUGUCUGCGGGUGGCGACGAUGGCGGGAACAAAUCUGUGGAUCCUGGUAACCCUGCGAAGACUGAGAAGAAUAUCGCAGCAGCCAUAUCAAGACAGGAGUUCCCAGCUCCAUUAUCAGCCUGGCCAACCCAAGGGAAACGAGAAAAUGUUGCCGGCAUUCGCACCGUGAUCCUCAAAGGUGUCGCCAGCCUCCCCAGCAUCAACAAGCUGCAGGCAUUUGUUUGGGGUGGGCGACUGGAGUCGCUCUCCUUUGAACUAGGGAAGGGAAUUGCCUUGGUCAAGUUCUUAACCGCCGAAGGCUGCAAGAAGUACUUUGAUGCUACCGUGAAUGGCAUUCCAAUUCCCAGAGAGAAAGAGCUCAUCUUCGUUGAGUUGGCGACGGGACCAAAUUCGUUGAAUGACGUUCUCCAGAACUGCAUCGAGGGCGAAGCCUCUCGUUGCGUGCGGGCUGUGGAUGCCGACGAGGACUGGGAUGACAUGGUGUUAUUGAAUCUCGCACGAGGGAAGGGUAAGACAAAGCGAGAGGUCGAUCGUAUCAAGCAUGGCCGGACUGUCAAGGGCCGCUAUUACAUCGAGUUCCGUUUCGCCAACAUUUACAAUGCUCUCAGCUUCAAGCGCGCUUUACAGGAUGACAUGGACUGGGAGCAAUGCACCAUUGGGUUUGCGAAGGAUCCUUGCGAGGUUGCUCGCGGCGUCCAUCUCAAGGAUGAAGAUGAGGAUACGGGCUUCUUCUAG